AUGGCCGAUAACGAAUCCAAAUUUGUGCCCGACGACGUAAUCUUUGAGAUACUGACAUGGCUUCCGCCGGAGACUCUUCUCCGCCUGAAGACCGUCUGCAAACUGUGGAACUCGACAAUCUGCGAUUCCAAAUUCAUAAGGAAACAUCGAUCCAACUUCAGCGACCCCCGACGCAACAAAAACAACAUCGGCCGCAUUAUAAAGAUCACGAGAUUAAUCAGGUUUGGUUCCUUUAAGAUAUACAAAACUUUUGUGUUACCUGAACACAAUUUAGGUGCAACCUUUGGAAAUUCGGAAUUCAUCGAUGAUUCAGAUGGACCUUUACAAAUGGGAAUUUACGGUUCUUGCAAUGGCGUCCUUUGUUAUGACUUACGUUCCACUCAUCUAAUGCUAUUCAAUCCUUGCAUCGGGCGUUCGAUAUCCAUUCCAAAUUCUUCAUCUCGUCGCAUUACAUAUCCAAGGUAUUUCGGGAUUGGCUACGAUUCAGAAACAAACGAUUACAAAAUUGUGAAGAUGACAGAAAAAUUUUCAAUAGCCGAAGUUUUUUCGUUAAAGUCGAAUUCAUGGAAAGAAAUAAAGCCUCCGGUGGGGGUUUUAGCCCUUGAUGGUAUGUCGAUUUAUAUGUCGGGAUCUAUCCACUGGCUUCGUAUUCCACGUUCGUCGAAGACGUAUAGAAUAUUGCUUUUCGACGUUGCGAAUGAAGUUUUUACCGAGAUGGAAUUGCCAAUGGAGAUUGAUAGGUGGUGCUUCAGCGUUGCUUCGAUUGCCGUAGCGAACGGUUUGCUCAGCAUCGCGGUUCUGAAGAGAUUUCCGGACAUGUGUGAGGUGUGGACCAUGAAUGAAUACGGAGUCUUGGGUUCAUGGAUUCGACGGUUCGAAAGACCGGUCCCUUGUCAUAAGGAAAUUCAGUCUAUACAGUUAACCGUUGAAUGCAAGAUUAUGAUAUGCUGGUACAAUUUUGCUGAGACUAGAAGAAGACGAAUGUUAAGACCGGAUAGCAACAAAUGGAAUAUGGAAGCUAAUGAAGCUACACUGCUUGUGUUCGACUUGGAAAAGCCAAAUGGUGACUAUAGCAUUCGACUAUUUUAUCCUUACGACUACGCCGCCAUCGAAGCUAGUCUCGAACUUCUCGAUUAUGUUGAGAGAUAG